AUGAACGAAUGUCGAUUAAAAAAAAAGAGAACAAAAGUAAAGUGACGACGAAACUCGAACGAAUAAAGAAAAUAAAUAAUUUUAUUGUUUUCUUGAUUUAUUUCUGCUUGUGAAUGUGUUUGUGCAAUUACAGGGUCUGAAUUAGACAAAAGUGUAAGAAAACCAGUGUGAUUGUGUAUACAGUGGCCUGGAUAAAACAAAAUGUGCAGUGCUAUUAUCACGGAUGACAUCUGCUAAAAGGAAAACAUCUAUUCCCAGACGAUCCAAUUUUUACGUUUAGAAUGAGCACCCCGGACGUGAUCAACGUGACGGCGCAGCCGCUGCCGGACGUGGUGCACGACAUCUUCAAGCCGCUGCAGGAGCCCGUGUUCCUGCAGACCAGGUCCGCGCAGGUCAUCGCCGGCGUGUUCGUGUGGACCGCGCUCUUCAUCACUUGCCAACAGAUCUACCAGCACCUGCGCUGGUACACCAACCCGUCGGAACAGCGAUGGAUCGUGCGCAUCCUGUUCAUAGUGCCGAUCUACGGCUGCUACAGCUGGAUCUCGCUGCUGUUCUUCAACGGCAACUCGUACUAUGUGUACUUCUUCACCGUCCGGGAUUGCUAUGAAUCCUUCGUGAUCUACAGCUUCCUGUCCCUCUGCUACGAGUACCUCGGCGGGGAGGGCAACAUCAUGUCGGAGCUGCGCGGGCGGCCGGUGCGCGCCUCCUGCGUCAACGGGACCUGCUGCCUCGCCGGCGCCACCUACACCAUCGGCUUCCUGCGCUUCUGCAAGCAGGCCACGCUCCAGUUCUGCUUUAUUAAGCCUGUUUGCGCGUUUGUUAUCAUCUUCUUGCAGUCGGCUGGUCACUACCACGACGGCGACUGGAGCCCCAACGGCGGCUAUCUCUACAUAACGAUCGUCUACAACUUCUCCGUGUCGCUGGCUCUGUACGGACUGUUCCUGUUCCUGGGAGCCACCAGAGAGAUGCUCAAGCCCUUCGACCCGGUGCUCAAGUUCUUCACUGUGAAGUCGGUCAUCUUCUUGUCGUUCUGGCAAGGUGUAGCGUUGGCCAUCCUCGAGAAGGCCGAAGUGAUCUCGCCCAUCAUCGACGCGCACGGCGUGCCCACCACCGCGGGUACCGUCUCGGCCGGCUACCAGAACUUCCUCAUCUGCAUCGAGAUGUUGGCCGCGGCCGUGGCGCUGAGAUACGCCUUCCCCGCCUCGGUGUAUGCGCACGCGCAUCGUGACCCCCAUCGUUCUGUGACCAUGCAGUCUAUAUCUAGCAGCUUGAAGGAGACAAUGAACCCCAAGGACAUAAUGACGGACGCGUUCCACAACUUCCACCCGCAGUACCAGCAGUACACGCAGUACAGCUCGGAUGUCACUUCUCAACUGCCUUAUGAGAAACUAUAAGCUCUGCCAUACCUGCAUGAAGUGAUAUGCCGAUGUCUGUUACAUAGAAACGAUUAAUUAUUACAUCAAACAUAAUUAUACAUUCACGAUGCCCGAGCAUGGAAACUUGACUAAUAUUAACCGAGAUUUCAUAUUCAUCUACAUCAUACAUUUUGUUUUUUUUCUAGUUUUGAUUUCAAAGAGAGUUUCAAUAAAAUAAUGCUGACAACACCUAAAAAUAUAUCUUCAUAUUUAAACGCCCAAUGUUGCUACAUUAUUUUACGCAUCAUAUUGAAUUUAUAAAGUGUAUAACUAGAAGUAAAAUGGCGUUUUUGCCGCAAAAUUUCAGUUUUUAUAUGCGAUUUCUUCAUAAAAAUAUUCGGUGCUCGGCUAGAUUCAUUCGUUUAUCAAUAAGUUAUAAUUAAUUCUUGUAUUUACAUAGGUAUUUGGUUAGUCCGAUAUCCAUAAUAACAUUUAGGUAAAAAAAACGCUGCAUAUUUGUUAUACUUAACCCAAAAUUAUUUGUUUACCACUCGCACUAAAAUUUUGCUAGUCGUAAAGCAAACGUAUAUAUUGCAUUUAGAUAACGGUCUCUGCCACCGCUCUAUCAACGAAUUUUCUUAUAUUAUUUUAAAUCCAAAGUGGCAAAAAAAAACUUAAAUUAUGAGAUAAACAGUAUCGGACUACUCAUUGCCAUAAAUAUAGUUAGUAUUAAAGUUUGUACUUAUGCCUCAAGUAUCGAUGUUUUGUAAGCAUUUUGUAUGUGUAAAUGUUUUAGUUUUCUGUGAUUUAUCAUUUUUUUUCUUAUUAUUUUGUAUUUGUUAUUUCAGUUCUAGUAGUUAGCGGAUUUAAUCCAAGAAAUAGAAUGCUAGAUGAUUACUUUAUUUCAAAUAGAGAAUUAACUUUCUUGCUAAUGUUUAAGCUCUUUUUUAUUCGGGUUUAAAUUGGUUAUACUUUGUAAAUAAGUGUCGAAAGUUUUGAUUUUGACUAACACUGCCUUUUUGGUUUUUGCAGAAAAGUAUUUUAUUGCCCAUAGACCAAAGAAUGGCAUUUCUUUCUUUCCACUCUUGAUCGUACACUUUCAAUAUAACAAAGCUUUGUUAAUACUUGCGUUCAGUAAAGGACUAAAAAGAAUUUCUUUUUAGUGUUAAAUAACUGAGAACCUAACUUUAUCUAAGCCUUCAAGUCUAUAUGGGUAUCUUGUUAACGUUAUACAUUAUCGGUAAUUUUUUAAAGAGAUUUCUUUAAAAAUAUUUUAGUUUAUUAACAUAUACCUAAAUAAUAUUAGUUAAAUAUAAGAUCAGCCGAAAUCACAUCAGUACUUUAACUUUAAAGCCGGUUUGUACUAGCCUUUCACUCAUAAAUCAAUAAAUAAAUAAUUUUACAGUA